AUGGGAAAGCCAGGGUUCAUGAAGAACUAUCGAGUCUAUGUACUCACCUCCGUCGCCUAUUUGGGCUCGUUGCUCUUCGGAUAUGACACGGGUGUUAUGGGCUCAGUCCUUGCCAUGAAGAGCUUCAAGGAAGAUUUCGGUCUCCCAACCACAUCAUCCGGCUUCUCCAGCAAUGCGAAUGCCCAAGUCUCCUCGAACGUGGUCAGUCUCCUGACAGCAGGAUGCUUCUUCGGAUCUAUUUUCGCCGCCUACCUCAACGACCGCAUUGGCCGUCGCUACUCCUUGAUGAUCUUCGCCUCUAUCUUCCUGGUCGGAGCCGCCAUUCAAGUAGGCGCGCACCAUGCCAUUGGCCAGAUUUACGGCGGGCGUGUCAUUGCUGGUCUGGGAAUUGGAGGCAUGUCUAGUAUUACUCCCGUCUUUGUCAGCGAGAACUGCCCCCCGGCUCACAGAGGUCGGAUUGCGGGUCUGUUCCAGGAGUUUUUGGUCAUCGGAAGUACCUUUGCUUACUGGCUGGACUAUGGUGUUGCUCUUCGUGUACCCGAGGGCACUAAGCAGUGGCGCAUCCCGGUGGCUAUCCAACUGAUUCCCGGUGGUUUGAUGCUCAUCGGUCUCUUCUUCCUGAAGGAGUCUCCGCGUUGGCUGAUGAAGCAGGGUCGCCGUGACGAGGCUUUAAAGUCCCUGGCUUAUAUUCGUAACGAGAGCGAGGAUAACGAGGAGGUCCAGAAGGAGAUUGCCGAGAUCUAUGCUGCAAUCGAAGAAGAGACUGCCCUAUCCGAGGGCGUGACCUGGAAGGAGUGCUUGCACAAGAGCAAUCGCUAUCGAUUUUUCCUCGGGUUUGUCAUCAUGUUCUGGCAGCAGUUCUCUGGAACAAACAGCAUUGGAUACUAUGCGCCGCAAAUCUUUGAAUCGAUUGGUGUUAGCUCGACAAAGUCGUCGCUGUUUGCUACUGGUGUCUACGGUACAGUGAAGGUUGUCGCCACGGCGAUUUUCCUGCUUAUCGGUAUCGAUCGCUGGGGCCGCAAACGGAGCUUGAUUGGCGGUGCUGUGUGGAUGGCUAGCAUGAUGUUCAUCAUUGGCGCUGUCUUGGCUACUCAUCCCCCAAACCCGGACUCUACCUCUGUGUCUCCUGCCUCCACUGCCAUGGUGGCCAUGAUCUAUCUCUACGUGAUCGGAUACUCCUUCUCCUGGGGCCCGACUCCUUGGGUGUAUCUCAGCGAGAUUUUCCCCACUCGUCUGCGUGCAUACGGUGUAGGUCUCGGAGCUGCCUCACAGUGGCUCUUUAACUUUGUCAUUACGGAAGUGACCCCCCCUAUCGGGUGGAGAACUUUCCUCAUGUUUGGCAUCUUCUGUACGGCCAUGAGUAUCUUCGUUACCAUCUUUGUCAAGGAGACAAAAGGAAGAACUUUGGAAGAUAUGGAUCUUAUCUUUGGUGCUAUUGAUGAGGAACAGCGAAAAGCCGAUGUGGAGAAUACAUUGCACAAGACCGACAUUCAUGCGGAGCAUGUGGAGGGGGAUAAGCAAUUCGAUCACAAAUAG